UUCUUCUGCAAAAAACGUGUCUACGCAAGCGCCGUAGCCUCCACGCUCCGACCGUCAUGGCAGCCUACAGAGUAACACCAGCUUGGCUAAGAGUGAUACGUGCUGUGAAGCAUGCAUCUCUCCAUUCGCGAUGCUGUGUUCUUCUCAGUCGGGCUGAGUACUCCACGGCCUAUGACUACAAUGAGAAGACCUUUGAUAAGAUCCUCAUUGCAAACAGAGGGGAGAUCGCCUGCAGGGUGAUGAAGACCUGUAAACUGAUGGGCAUUAAGACGGUGGCGGUACACAGCGACGUGGACUCUAGCGCGGUGCAUGUGAAGAUGGCCGACGAGGCAGUGUGCGUUGGCCCCGCCCCCACCAGCAAGAGUUACCUCAACAUGGACGCCAUCAUGGACGCCGUCAGACGGACCGGAGCGCAGGCUGUUCACCCAGGAUAUGGAUUUCUGUCUGAAAAUAAAGAGUUUGCUAGGAGGCUGGCGGCCGAGGGGGUGACCUUCAUUGGGCCUGACACAGACGCCAUUCAAGCCAUGGGCGACAAGAUCGAGAGCAAGCUCAUCGCCAAGGCAGCCAAUGUCAACACCAUCCCUGGAUUUGAUGGAGUUGUCAAGGAUGCUGAGGAGGCCGUGAAGAUUUCUAAUCAAAUCGGGUAUCCCGUUAUGAUCAAAGCAUCAGCUGGAGGAGGAGGCAAAGGCAUGAGGAUAUCAUGGAACGACGACGAGACCCGGGAAGGCUUUCGCUUCUCCUCACAGGAGGCUGCGUCGAGCUUCGGGGACGACCGUCUCCUCAUUGAGAAGUACAUUGAUAACCCAAGACACAUCGAGAUCCAGGUUCUGGCGGAUAAGCACGGGAACGCUCUGUGGUUGAAUGAGAGGGAGUGCUCCAUCCAGAGGAGGAACCAGAAGGUGGUGGAGGAGGCGCCCAGUACGUUUCUGGACCCCGAGACGCGCCGGGCCAUGGGGGAGCAGGCGGUGUCUCUGGCCAAGGCUGUGAAGUACUCCUCAGCCGGCACAGUGGAGUUCCUGGUGGACUCCACGAAGAACUUCUACUUCCUUGAGAUGAACACCCGACUGCAGGUGGAGCACCCCAUCACAGAGUGCAUCACUGGUCUGGACCUGGUGCAGCAGAUGAUCCACGUCGCCAAGGGUUACCCACUAAAGCACAAGCAGGAGGAUGUCCCCAUCAACGGAUGGGCCAUCGAGAGCCGAGUGUACGCCGAGGACCCAUACAAGUCAUUUGGGCUGCCCUCUAUUGGGCGACUCUCUCAGUACCAGGAGCCUGUGAACCUGCCCAAUGUUCGAGUUGACAGUGGCAUUGAAGAAGGAAGUGACAUCAGCAUCUAUUAUGACCCCAUGAUCUCAAAGCUUGUGACAUAUGGCAAAACGCGAGCUGAGGCCUUGAAGAAAAUGGAGAACGCACUGGAUAAUUAUGUAAUCAGAGGUGUGACCCAUAACAUUCCACUCCUGCGGGAGAUCAUCGUUCACCCGCGCUUCAUCUCCGGCGACAUCAGCACCAACUUCCUGCCGGAGGUGUACCCCGAAGGGUUCAAAGGUCACCCGCUGACAGCCCCCGAGCGACGGGAGCUCCUAGCUACGGCUGCCGCGCUCUCUGUGGCAGCGCAGCUCCGCUCACAAAAGUUCCUGGGAGAUCUCAGGGUGUCCAACACCCAACAGGAGCGGAGGAGCUGGGAACUUUGUGUGGAGUUGGACAAGGGGGCACACAUGCUUGGUGUGACUCGGUCGGGCUCUGCUUACACAGUGGAGGUCGACGGGGAGAAGCUGGAGGUGUGUGGGGACUGGAAUCUCGCCUCAGCUCUGUUGAAUGUCACAGUGAAUGGCACACACAGGACUCUACAGUGUCUCUCUCGUAGUGCUGCUGGAGAUAUCAGCCUGCAGUAUCUGGGUACCACGUUUAAGCUGCGCGUGGUGAGUAAGCUGGCGGCGGCACUCAGUAAGCACAUGCCUGAGAAGGUUCCAGAAGACACCAGCAGCAUCCUGCGCUCCCCCAUGCCUGGAACCGUGGUGGCAGUGUCUGUCAAGCCAGGAGACACGGUGGCCGGAGGUCAGGAGAUCUGUGUCAUUGAAGCCAUGAAGAUGCAAAACAGCAUGACCGCUGCAAGGACAGCUAAGGUGAAGAGUGUACACUGUAAAGCUGGGGAGACCGUUGGCGAGGGCGACCUUCUCGUGGAGCUGGAGUAACCCGGAGCUGAGGAGCAUAAUCUACCCCCCCCACCCCCCCAGGCUGUCGCUACCACUUGCCCCCCUCACUCCUAGACCUGCCCCACUGUGCCUCAGUCAACCCACAUACACACCAACCCAGUUACCAAGCAACCACUCCUAGAGAAGGCGAAAUAUUCCCUCCCUUGGUACUGCAAUAGGGCUGCCUGUCAUUUAAGUUUAGUUUUUCUGUCCUUCACCCCUGUUCUCCUUCCCUAUGUGGCUUAGUGUAUAACUGGGUUAGUGUAUAACUCUUCUUCUAUCUCUAGCAGGUGCUUCUCUCAUCGCUCACGUGCACUCUGCUGCCCCCCAGCAUACGGGUGGUGGAAGGGCAAGGCCAUCACACAUAUGUGCUUACACUUGUGCCUUCUUGACUUGUAGCUAUAUCUCCUCUCCACCCACACACACACACACACACACACACACACGUUAGAACUACUCUUGUAUUACAUGCAUUACAUGUCAAGCUCUUAGGCCACGUGACUCAACAGUCAUUCCACUAACUUGUCUCUGCCAUGCAAAGACUCACGUCUGUCUCCACCAGCUUCAUCUCUGGGUGGGCCGCUGUCUCUCUGCCUUAUGUAGAGUUAGUCUGGAGAGGGCACUGAAGGAGGGUUUUCAUACUAGGUUUCCCCCUCCCCUUUGCUCUGGUGGAGCAUCUCUAUCUCUCAAAUCUCAACUCGCUCCCUCUGUAGUUGUAGGGAAACACAUUGUGAUCCUUCAGGAGUGAAUAGUUAGAAUGUUUGAAGUAGAAUAUGUCGGUAUUUCUUGCGUUGGUUUUUUCAGUGUGUAACAAAAGUGGAGGAGCGGUCUGGAGGACCUGAGGUUCUGAGAUGCUCAGAAAUCCCAUCUAAAAUCCAAACACACACACAGAAGCCCCCCCCUCCCCAAAAAAAAAGCCAGAGGUGCGAUCUACCCUGGAGCAAAGAUGGAAUAAACAAUUUCCUCAGCACUCACUCUGUUCUAAGGGGAUCAAAGGAUGACGAAAGAAUUGGCUGUUUGUGUGGUAUCUGUACUUGCCUGUUAAGGGGUUUGUCUGAAUGAACGUGUGUGUGUGUGUCUGUCUAGACAUCUAUUGCUCAGAUGUAUUUAGUAUGGAUUGAUUAAGGUUGCUGCACAGAUCACACUGAUGCGAGCAGGAUUGCCAUGACCUCUGGCAGUAGCUGCUGCUCUGUUGCCACAGCAGUCAAGCCCAGAAGCGUGACCCUUAACCUUUGACCCCCUCGGCCCCUGGCUCCCCUGCACUAUUUGCUCCAACAUGCCUCGAGUCUCUGAUUCGUCUGUAAAUGGUUUUCUGAAAAAAAAAGGUUUUUUUGUAAAAAAUACUUUUGGGGAAUUCAUAUUUUAUGCAUUAAACAUAUACGAUUCUAAUCCUG